UUCAUAACCGAGUGGACACAUGAACUGAAUUCAGAUUCGCUUUGAUGAGUCUCGGUAUCGCCGUGUGUCUUUCUUGCAGAAAUAUUGAAGAGAAGCUUUCUCUGAAUCCAUAGCAGUUUCUUCACUCCACUCAAUCAUUGCUAGCCUCUUCAAAGGAUGGGGAAAUCAGAAGCAGAUGAGAAGAUUCUGAGCUACAAUGAUGUGGUGCUUAGACGAUCUGAUCUAGACAUCCUUGGUGGUCCAUAUUAUUUGAACGAUCGAAUUAUUGAGUUUUAUCUCAGCUAUCUUUCUUCAUGCCAUCCCUCUCAGGAUAUCUUGCUGGUUCCACCAUCCAUUGCAUUUUGGAUAAUACAAUGCCCUGUCGCCGAGUCUUUCAAAGAUUUCUUAGAGCCCCUUCAGUUGUCUGAUAAGACACUGAUUUUAUUUCCCAUCAAUGACAACGACGACGUUAAUACAGCUGAAGGUGGAUCUCAUUGGAGCUUACUUGCAUACUACCGCAAUGCUAAUCAAUUUGUUCACCAUGAUAGUUUCAUAAACAUGAAUGCAGAACCUGCUAAGAAACUCUAUAAAGCUGUUCUUGGAUACGUCGGAUUAUCUGAAUCAGGAACCGAAGCCCGCUUUCUGGAGUGCACUAAUUCACCUAGGCAAGUGAAUGGGUAUGAUUGUGGCUUAUAUGUCACUGCUAUAGCAAGAGUCAUAUGUGACUGGCAUGUAAAUGGUAAAAAAACUGAUGCAAAUGAGAUGUGGUUCUCUGCUGUGAAGGAGCAGGUUACUCCAUCUGCUGUUGACUGCAUGCGAAGCGAGAUCCUGGCUUUGAUCAGAGAUCUAAUGGCAAGACAUUCAGGCCAACGUGCUCCGGAAUAAAAAUUGGUUUCUACUAAUUCGAUUUUGAUGGUCUCCAAUUUAGUGUCGUGUCUAUUUAAACAUUUGUCUACACAGUUAGUGCUUAAGCAAAUUGUAUCUUAGUAUAUUGGUGGUUUUAACUUUUAAGGAAGUAAAUACAAAGAUUAUAAUAACUCUUGGUAAAUUUUUUGGAACUGUGUUUGAAAUUAGAUUUUCAUUACACUUGAACGUAGUGACAGGCUUUCUCUGCUACAAUGUGACGGAAAGUUCUCAUGCAUACGUUGUUUUCAAUCAAUAGUGUGAAAAGUAUAGUUGCAUUUUUA